CGCGUGUUGCAGAAGAACCAUCGUCGAUUCGCGAGGGUCGGACGUGCGAGAGUGAACCAUAGCGAGAUGAGUAGCUGGGGCAGCCAGCUCCCUCUCGUCCUCUGGAAGCACGUCUACCUCACCCGAAUCCGACGACAUUACGUAGCAACAUUGCUGCAAGUGGCCUUCAUGGUGCUUUUACUAAACGGCGUUUGGGAAGAAUCCGUUGCUCCCUACUCUGCUGCCCCUUCCAAAGAACAAUUCUACGACGUGUCGGACCCCUUGGAGCCAUGGAGAAGAAAAAACUUCACACACGGUCUUUUCGCCUUCACACCACCUACUGGAAUCGCCCUCAACAUAAGUGGAAAAGCGGCUCCUAUUCUUGGCUCCUGGACUCUGAUGCCAAUGGAGAACACCUCGGCACUGCAAGACUUCGUGGCACAAGAGGGAGAGGAUCGCGUUGGGAUUGCAUUCAAGGAAGAACCAGACGGCAUUUCUUACGUCGUUCGAUUCAAAGACACUGAGUUUGAUAUUGGCUUGGAUUAUGGUGAAGACCUGCUCACUCCUGGCCCGCGCAGCGUCGACAACUCGCACGAAAUAACUCGCCUGCUUCCUGUCCAAUAUGCCGUGGAGUCUAGCAUCAUCCAACUGACUGCACCUCGGGAAAGCAAUUAUAGUGAUAAUCACAAUAUGCUGGAACUCCAACGCUUUCCGUACCCCCGUGUGUUUGAGGGAUCUGAAGGUGCCACAUUGUCCAUGGUCGCAAUACGCUUUGGAAUUGGUAUCUUCGUACCAUUCUGUACCCUAGUCAUGACACUGGUUCAAGAGAAGUCCACAGGCAUGAAGGGAAUGCUGUGGAGGACAGGCAUAAUUGAAGGCGUCUACUGGAUGGGCCAUUUCCUUGAUGCCGGCUUGGUGAUUAUAACAGCUGUAUCCCUGAUGUACGGGCCGUUGUUUGUGUUGCCAAAUAGUUCGGGAACAACAUUUCUGCAAUACACCAAUCCUGCUAUCAUGCUCCUCAUCCUACUACUCUUCGGAGCCCUUACCAUAUUACAUGGAAUGUUCCUCUCCGUUUUCAUCUGGAGGCAUGAAAUGUCCUUCGUGGUGUCCGCCGUCUACUGGUUUUCUAUGACUGUUGUACCUUAUGUCUGCUUGCAAAAUCUGUUUGGUCACGGUUACUACUUUGUCAACGGAGCGGUGAAAAUGUGGUCUUCCAUUUCACCAUUCAUGUACUUGCACUGGUGCUUCAGGGUUAUCGAACGGUACGAGAAAUAUAGUGCACAACUCUCCUGGACUGAGCUUUUCGAUGAGGAAACGACGCUUGACAACGUCAGCAUCGGAAGCUUGACUAUGAUAGCCUUAGUUACUGCUGUCGUGCUCGGUUUCCUCAUCUGGUAUCUGGACAACAUCGUUCCUUGGAACUAUACUGUUUCGAAGCCAUUCUACUUCUUUCUCACGUUCGACUACUGGACCCCUUACCGGAAGUGGAACAUUCGCAGGGAGCAAAUGAAACUAGAUGCUGAGACAUUUGAACCAGAACCUACUAAAAUGGACCCUGCGGUUGUAUUCGUCGAUACCAAUAAGACUGGGACGAAAGGAAUAUCAUCACCGGUGUAUAAUGUUAACUUGAACAUCUACAGCAAGCAAACUACGGUUCUCUUGGGCCCAGAAAAGUGCGGUCAUAUUACGCUUAUUAACUUCCUUACAGGUGCCGACGUACCGACUACUGGGGAAGUUUACAUCAACAACUACGAUGUAGUGAGCAACCCACGAAAAGCAUGGGAGUUUCUCAGCUACUGUCCCAGGGACAAUAUCGUGUUUGCUGACAUGACAGUAGAGGAGCACAUCCUCUAUUUUACAUCGAUCCGCGGCACAUCUUGGAGGGACGCACAUGAUGGAGCAAUGGCUGUUCUGAGACAACUCGACCUGUUUAAUGUAAAAGAUGAGCUGGUGGGAACCCUCACCGUCCGCAUGCAGAGAUCCGUAUGCGUUGCCAUCGCCGUUUGUCUAAUGGAUAAGAUACCCGUAUUAAUCUUAGAAGAACCGACUCGAUUAAUGGAUCCUAAAUGUCGUCACGAAGUGUGGGAAAUGAUCAUGAGAGCGAGCCGGAGGAGCAGCGUGUUGAUGACGACGAACAGCAUGGAAGAAGCGGAGAAUAUGGCCGACAGGGUUAUUAUGAUGCACGAGGGGAAAGUGGUCUGUGCAGGAUCUCCAGGGUGGCUCCGUGAACGUUUUGGCUCCAAGUACUAUAUGCAUUUCACGAAGGCCACGCAGUUCAGGUCCAACUACGUGGAAAGGUUGAUAUGGCAAUACGUCGGGAAGCCUACAAAAAUAUCUGAUACCACGUACGAGGCAGUGUACUACAUAGGGGAACGCAGCAGGACAUCGAGGAUGGCGGCUUUGUUUCGAGCACUAGACCUGGACAGAACCAGACUCGGCUUCGUAUUUAUGGGUGUGGCGGUCACAUCUCUUGAAGACAUCUACCUCAAGAUUGCGGCUGGAGAGGACCCUAAGAAAGCCGGUGCAGGCGAUGCCCCAGAGGCACAGGCAAAGAAGGAAGCCGAAGAUCUGGAAGCCUUGCAUGUUGUUGCCAGUGCGAAAGCUGGUCCCGUGAACGUUUGCGCAUUUCUUGUUGGACUUUUGAUGAAAAGGUUCGUCAUCUGGAGAAGGGUAUGGUCAACGAGAACACUCGAGCUGUGGCUACCUCUCGGCCUCUUCCUUUUGUCCGGUUUUCUUGAAGCGCGUCUUAGCCAUAAAAACAAUGGCUCUCAGCAGAAGCUCACUUACACCGUACAGACACUAUUUCGCCAGUCUUAUGGCUUUGUCGUGUCCGACAAACCAGAUUCUCGCUUCGUAAAGAAUGUUAUCGUGCCGCUGAUGCAGGACAACAAUGUGCACCUGCUGCCUAUAGAGGGACAUAGUGUUGAAAAAGAGCUCUUAGCGCUUGCACAAGAGGACAUCUACCGAUACGUCUACUGGUAUCAUUAUGGCGUGACCAUCCUUGGUGACAAGGUCCGUCUGUGGUACAACGCCCAGUGUCCACACACAGCCAUCCUCAUAACUAACAUGUACCACACAGCGGUCUACAGAAACCUUAGCACAAAACAGAACUGGCAUAUCACGCUGACGAACUAUCCGUUCGAAGACGUGAAGGACCAAGCAGAAGACAGUUUCCGGAUGCAGCACGGCUCCAUCGUAUCCGACCAUGAAGAGAACCUGUUCGUUGCUAGGAAUGGACUCCUCCGUGUUGUCCACUCGUUGGUGAUUUCUUUGGCAAUGUCCUUUCACUCAGCCAGUUACAUUUUUUUGCCUGUCCUGGAAAGAGUGAACGGAGUGAAGCAUCUGCAGCUCAUGACUGGAAUGCCCGGGUACAUCUUCUGGGCGGGUAACCUCCUGUUUGACGGUUUCUUUGCCGUUGUUCAUGGCGGUAUCUUCACUGCAGCGAUCUUCUGGAACCACAGCUAUAUCACGUCCCCAUAUGUGGGAAGCAUAUUUGCGCUUUUCUGUGCAUAUGCUAUGGCUGUAUUGCCGUUAACGUACCUGUGCUCAAUGAUGUUCACCAAUGCUGCCUGGGCGUUUUCAAUCUUGGCGUUGCUUCUUUUCCUAGCGGGUAUGGUUGGCUCCCUGGCUGUGGAAAUGUUUGGAAUCCUAUUGAGACAUGCACCUUCCGACGCAACAAGUAUCUUAAUAGUAUUGUGGGGAUUCUUUUGCCGUUGGUUUCCUACCUACUCCCUCACGCGUGGUGUGAUUAAAAUCAUCCUCCUGUAUAAGUUCAACGUACUUUGCACAACUGGAGGCGAUGUACUAAUUGAAGCCUGCUCCGACCACUACCUCUCCAAUGAUGGAAGGAUUACACCAUGUUGCAACGCAUUGAAGAAUAAUGAGACAGCUGGGGCGACGCUGACGCCUCUCGGCAUGGGCUAUGAAACAGGCUUGUUUGAACUGGUCACCAUGUUAGUUGAAGGCUUGCUGUAUAUGGGACUCCUGUCGCUCAUGGACUCCCCUCAGAUGAGUGCCCUCCAGUGGUACUGGUAUGGACGCAACGAAACCCAGGGCUCUGCUGAUCAGGACAAGGGUCCGAGACUCGUUGCUGUCGCUCUCGACCACGACGUGGAGAAAGAAGCAGAACUUGUAGAGGAAAUUUACAAAGCCCACGUCUUUAAGAAUGUCGCACUUGCUGUCCGCGGCCUUGAGAAGUGGAUCGGACACAUCAAUAGGAUAAAAACAGUGGGCAGUCUCAGCUUCACGUUGAAGCAAGACGAAUGUCUGGGUUUGAUCGGUGUCAACCUCUCGGGCAAGACAACCAUCAUGAACAUCCUCACUGGCUUGGUUGUGCCUACGUCCGGCAACGCCUACAUGCCAAAGUUAAGCUUACGAGGUGACCUGAAGCAAUGGCAGCAGUGUAUUGGCUACGCUCCAGAGUCCACUUUCCUAAUUCCCUGUAUGACUGGACGGGAAGUGCUGGAUCUGUUUGCGCGCUUCAAGGGGAUAUCAGACAGGUCACACGUCGUCACAAACGUCUUGAAGUUUGUCAGCAUUACGCAGCAAAAUACCAUGUGGAGCAAGUACAGCAUUGGCGAGCAGAAGAUACUGGGAAUCGCUAUAGCACUUCUCGGUGUUCCACCGAUCCUUCUGCUCGACGAGCCCAUUUCUGACGUUGACCCCGUGUCACGAAUACAGAUCAUGCGUAUUCUCCAAGUUCUGAAGAGCAGCCGGACCAUGUCAAUAAUAAUUUCGUCUCACGGGAUCAGGCACUGCGAGCACCUUUGCGACCGCGUCGCACUCCUUGUAGGUGGAAAGAUCGAAGCGAUGGGAAACGCUUUGCAGUUGAACGAAAAGUAUGGUCGUUGCUACACGAUCACCAUCAAGACACUGGCAGCACAGCGCAAUGACAUCUACUAUCACAACAGGAUAUGUAGGGCAAUGAAAGAAGAAUUCCACCAGUGUGCCCUCAGUCACAAUUACAAGGGCAUACUAUGCUUCCGCGUAGGAAAAACCUACAAUGACUGGAAUGAGAUCUUCUACAAGAUGGUGGAUAUUCAACAAAAGCUCGAGUUUAAGGAUUUUCUCAUCAGUGACAUCACACUGGAACACAUAUUUGUUGGGCUGGCACGGAAGCAGAUCCUGGCUACAGCAAACCGCGUGUACCUUAGUACUAGUCAGUAGCGUAAUGAAGAAUAAAAACCGCUGUACUGGUA